CACAGAUCACACCCACAAGAGUCACCGCAGACGGAAGUGGGGAUGGGAAUGUGUGCAUGACACAUGCUUGCAAACUUCCCCAGCUCCUUAUUCCCUCUCUCUCCCUGCCAGUGCCUAGCACUCCGCUCCCGGUGCUCCUGGACUAACCCAGCUGCUGUCAACAUGGGGAACAUGACCUGUGUUCCCCAGCCACCUGGGAGAUUCAGACACUCCUUCAGCAGGAAACCUUCCCUGAAGAAAGAGUAAGUAGAUGGGUAAAAAACUGGCCAGCCUCUUUGGUAUUGAGUCAGGGCAGGAGAGAGACAUGACCACAGACAAAAUACUGCAGUAUAUUCCUGGGAAGAAUAUCACGAACCAGGAAAAUCAAAAGGAAAACUUGGACCAGCGGUUUCCCAGCCUGUUCAAGAAAGGGCGGAGGAAGACAGUUGUAAGAAAUCUGGGGAAAAUUAUCUAUUACUCCAAGGUCAAAUUUAAAUUCCAGCACUGCCAGGAGGUGAACGACUGCUACUUGGAACUGUUCCAGUCCUACCUGUACUUUCAGUCUGUUGGCUCAAAUGGACUGACCUAUCAGGGGCUGCUGCCACUGAAAGAGCUGAGCGUGUGUGAAACCGAAAAGGCAAAGAGCACCGAGCAGGAGGAACAUGCGUUCCGCAUUACAGGUCCCCUGCUGAACCCCCUUAUCGUGUACUGCCCCAGCGAGUCAGAGCUCAGGCGAUGGCUUUAUCACCUGGAGAAACAGAUCCACCUGAAUGGGGGGAACCUGGACGGGUCCUUCCUAUCUCAGAGCGACUGGAAGCAGAACUCCAUAGGGAAAGAGGAACUGAGGUGGUCUGUGCAGAACACGCCUGUCCAAGAAUGGAGAGGGACCCAACGGGAGUCCCUAGGUGAUGUCCUCUGUGUCUCUAAAGUUAAGCUGCAGCAUUUGCCUUUCCAGGAGCAGCACGACAGGCUUUUGAUCCUGUACCCGUCCACGCUGGUGAUCGUCUCCGAAGAGCGCCAUGGCCUCUACUUUAAGGGAGAACUGCCGCUGAAUGCAAUACAAGUUCAUUUUGAAGAAAACCAAAAAAGCUCCUUUCUAAUAGAAGGCCGACUAAUAAACUCAAUCCAGGUCAUUUGCCCCAGCUACGAAGAUUACCAGGAGUGGCUGUACUGCCUUAAAACAGCCCAGUUUCGAAAUGCUGACUCUUCCCUUUCGGGAUCAGAAAGCUUCUCGGGAUCAAAGCCACCACACCUUGGGCAGUUCCCAGGCAGCGGGAGAGGCUCACUCACCUCCGAUGGCCGGACAAACUCCUGGACGUCACGAGGGAAACUUACCACCUCAACCCACCACUCCCAGCAUAGUGGCUCCAUCCCUGACCAGCAAUCAUUUGUUCUGAUGCCUGAAGGCAGAGUGACCGAAGACCCGCUGUCCCCAGGCUAUGCCCAGCCUGUCCAUUGCCUGGCAAACCCCAGCUGGCCAAGUACCGGGAUCCCCAAACCAGAACUGAAGAGGGGUGGCAGCGCUCGCAAGUCCAAAGGCAAAUGUGGACCUACCCAGCAGCUGCAGCCCGGCAGCCAGGACUCAGAAAGGACUGUGGUUAGCCUCAUUCCCGAAAACCCCAACAGGGAGCUGCUGUCACCAGUGUACAACGAUCCCUACUCUCCACUGAGCUGCCAGCAGCACCUAGUGGUCCCCCCACCGCACCUGGACUCGAACAACCUGAAUCAUUGGAGCUUGGGGGAAAGUCAGACUCUGGCAGCUCCCAGCUCUCUGGAGAAACCAGCCCUGCCCCGCUCUCCCUUGUACGCUGACCCCUACACCCCGACCCCCACCCCUGGACGCAGGGUUGCAGACUCUGACAUCCUGGAAGAGUUCUUAAGACGUCAUGGUCAGACUGGCUCAGAGCAGCUGAACGGCUAUGCAGAAAUCCCAGGGGCCCAUCACCCUCCACUGCAGAAGAAGACCUCCCACCCGUUGUCCAGCAGUCGCGGCAGAGAGCCAUCCGCAGCGCAGAGAUACAGCAUCCCUGGCACCUCAUGUCACUUCCCGCAGGCAUCUCCCUCCGACACUUCCUGUUUUACAAACAUCCCCUCCUUGAGGGAAGAAUUUCUGGGCUCCUCACUGCAGUCCUCAGAGGGAAACGCUGGUGUUUACAACCUGCCUGGGAAUGGCCGCGUGAGGCACGACUCUGCAUAUCAUGACUACGCGGAACUCCAAAGCUUCCACAGCGACUUCAGUUACGACAACCUCUGGGAGGCUGAGGAGAAGGAGUCAGGCAUCCGGCAGGCCGUGCCCUUCUCCUGCCAGCAGUUUUAUCAUGUAUGAAGGCAGGAAGCCAAAGCAGUGCUCAUAAAAAGUCCCGGGCCUGCCUCACCCUGACCACUCUGCUUUCAGCCGUGCCUUUUAGCUGUGAAGCGUGUAAGGUGUGUAUAGAAUGAGCAGGGGGAAGGAUCCUUCCAGUGACUGGGUCUCCUGUGUGUGCUGAGCUCUGGCUCCGGCAGGUUUUCAUCAUGUUGGAACUCUUCCACCAAAUCUUAAUACGAUGCCCAUGAGCAGGAACAAGACUCUACGAAUCCUAAUGAACAAUGAAGUACCUCCCUACCCUCCAACAUUUUGACAGUAGUAGGGGAUCUUGGACGCUAGGCACUCUAAAGAAACCCACUUUCCUGGCUAUGUAGGGAACCGGGUUUCAUGAAUAGCCAUUGUUCCAUGCAGUAGAAAAGAAGCCUAGCUCCUAAUCACGCUCCCUUCGGCUAACAGGACAUUGUGUGUAUGGAAAGGUCGGUGACUCCGAGGGGAUAGAAGAGGAGAAACCGGUCAUUGGAUGGGUUAGCAUGAGUGUUAAGUAUUAAAGACCUAUGCAUCGGGAGACCUGGUCACUUUCCUUUUCAAUGGAGCUGCUUAGUUGGCGACAUCUGGGAUACCUUUAAACCUUGAGCUCUGUUGAUUAGCCAGACAUUUCCCCACUAAGCAUCAAGUCUGUGAAGCCCUGGGAGCAUUCACGAUCACCUAACGUCUGCAGCGUGGGUAACAACUGCACUCAGCCCAUUGACUCGGUGCAAAAGUCAGAGCUGGCAAUGGAGGUAGGGUAGAUAGAAAUCCUGACCUGAUCCACAGGCCCUGCUCAAGCUAACAGAGGAGGGUCAUGUAGGGUCCACCUCUGUCUCUGGACACCGCUCAAUCUUCCCUGCUAGUGAUGGCCAGAGACUAAGGUGGUGGGUGCUAAUGAAAGAAUCUGCAUAGCUUGGCCAGCAUUGAGAAAGAGACGAAGAGGAAAUCUGUUACCUGUGAAGUGCUCCAAAGGGCAUGCGUUUUCCAAAGAGUUCUCCAGGUGAGGAUACCCCUGGAUCCCUCUAUGAGACUUUUUCUCUCUC